AUUCAUUAUUAUUAUUCAUCACCGCAUAAAUAUAACUACCAACUCAAGUUCAACAUACAUCGUCAAGGGUCACCAAAUACAAAGGUUAAAAUAUGGCUUAUCACCAGAACAGGGAGUUUGAUCUGGACGAGAACAGGGAGAUUGAUCUGAACAAGGAGUUUGAUAUGACUGAGAAAAUAAUCUCAUUGGAGCGCGAAAAUGAUUUGUUGUUGAGGAAAGUUGACAAGUUAGAAGGGACUCACAGAGUUGAAUUAAAAGCCAAGGAAAGGGAAAUUGACCAGCGAAAGAAGAUGCUUCAGGAACUAGACAUCCGGUGGAAAAACCAUAAAGAUUUGGUUUGUUUGAUGAAGGACAGAUUGGCGGAGGAUCAGGUUAAUCAAUUGCUAAGGAAAAUUGACAAGUUAGAAGCGAAACACAGAAUUGAAUUAGAAGUGAAAGAAAGGGAAAUUAGGGACCUAAAGCAGAUGCUUCAGGCGAAGGAAGAGUUGUUGGAGAGGCGGGUUAAUGAAGUGCUAACUAAAUUCUCCAAAUCGCAGAAUAAAUUGGAGAAUCAUGAAAACGCUCUUUGCCAAAUGCGUAUUGAGAGCGAACUAGUCGGUGGGUCUUCGGGUGUAAAUAUGGAUAAUUGAUGUGGUCGCGUAUUUUGUUAUUAUUAUGCCUGUAGGAGUUUUGCUGACAAUUAUCUUCUCUAAAGGGAGCAUUUUUAUUGAA